AUGCCCAUCCCAAUUAUUGCCCAUGGCAUCUCGGAGGGCAUCUCGGCAAUUCCCUAUGCCUGGACCGCCCUCAAAUUCGCACCAUGGCUCCUCCUCCUCGCCGCAGCAAAAUACUACUUCGGCGGAGCUCCCAACACCUCCGAGCGCCUCCUAGCCUCAAAAGUGGUGAUGGUAACAGGAGGUACAUCAGGAAUAGGAGCAAGCGUAGUCCGCGAACUCGCCGCCCGCCAAGCCCAAGUAAUAAUUCUAACCCAACAAUCCCCCUCCGACCUCUUCCUAGUCGAAUACAUCGACGACCUCCGCCGCCAAACGAAAAACAACCUCAUCUACGCCGAACAAGUAGACCUCGCCUCCCUCCACUCCGUGCGCGAGUUCGCGACCAAAUGGAUCGACAAUGUCCCGCCGCGCCGUCUGGACGCCGUCAUCCUCUGCGCCGGUCUCGCCGUGCCGGCUAGCGCGCGCGGACAGACGCUGGACGGUAUCGACGACGAGUGGCAGGUCAAUUACCUGGCUAACUUUCAUCUGCUGAGUAUUCUCAGUCCGGCGCUGCGGGUUCAGCCGGCGCAUCGGGAUGUUAGGGUUAUUCUCCCGACUUGCUCGAGUUAUAUCGGGGCGAAGUUUGAUUUGGAGACUGUUAAGCGGGAUCAUGAGGAGGAGAGAAAGGAAAAGGAAAAGAAGAAUAAGAGCAAGAAGGACUCUUUGGAUCAGGGUCCUAUGGCUAGAUUGUCUGUUCGGCCGAAGGGUAUUUACGCCGUCAGCAAAUUCGCCCUGAUGACUUUUGCCCACUCCUUCCAGCGCCAUUUGAACGCCCACGAACGACCGGAUAGUCUACCCCCCUGCACGCGCGUGUUGAUCGUUGACCCGGGCCUUACGAGAACGCCCGGGACCAGGCGCUGGCUGACGGGCGGAUCGCUGUGGGGACUGCUGUUGUAUCUACUCACGUGGCCGUUUUGGUGGCUGGUUCUCAAGUCGCCGGAUCAAGGGGCGCAGAGUAUUCUGUACGCGGCGAUGGAGGAGAAAUAUGCGCGUGGAACUGGGGGGGUGGAGUGUCGGGAGGUGGAUUGUGCGAGGAAGGAUGUGCAGGAUGAGGAUGUUGGGAGGAGGUUGUGGGAGUUUAGUGAGAAGCAGAUUGCCGAAGCGGAGAAGGAGGGGGCGUUGAGGAGGGCUGCGAAGAAGAAGGAGGUUAAGGAUGAGGAGGAGAAGAAGGUGCGGAAGGAGACUGCUUCGCAGAAGGCGCAGAGUGCUGGCUCGAGACGGAGUCGGAAGAAUAAAUGA